AUGUUGUGCUGGCUCGGAGGAGAAAGCUUCUUUCUACCAGAAGAAACACGAUCGAGGCAGAGCGACGGCAGUGACCAGGAAGAGCAGGACAGGGCUGAGAAGAAGGACGUGGAGGAAAGCGACAAGGAAGAGGACAAGGAUAAUGAAGACGAGAAACUAGAUGAGGCACAAGUGUUUGGAGAGAACGACGACGACGAUGACGAUGACGACGACUUUGAAUCGAGGAAGAAGCCAACGAAGAAGUCAAAGAGGAAGAGCUCUGACAGCGACCAUUCUGAUUCCGGCGAUGACGGGGAGGGAACGAAACGCAAAUCGCACAAGAGCUCUGGCCAAGGAAAGCACAAGAGGACCAGGAGGGACAAGUCGGACGAGGACAGUGGCGACAAUGCUCCAGACGAGCCCCCCACUUACCAGGACAGCGAUGAUGACGAGGAGGACGCGAUCAACAGAGGGGACGUCGUCGAUACCGAGACGGGCGAGGCAGUCACGAGCUCAAAGUUGAAGGGCAAGCGUCUUGGCAAACGCGACCAGAAGGAGCUGAUGGAGAAGGAGAAGGAGCAGAUGAAGAAGUUCAUCAACGACCUCAAGAACGCUGCGCUCGAUGACAUGGAAGCGUACAAGAGGAGGCAGACGGCAAUGAAGAAGAUGGAGUUGCUUCCCAAGCUCGUGGAGGAAAUCUCCAAGAGCCGCAAGCAGCAGAUGUACAUCGAGCUCGGCAUCCUCAAGAGCAUGAAGCUGUGGCUGGACCCGCUCAAGGACGGCUCCUUCAAGGACCGCGCUUCCAGCUUGCCGAACAAGAAGCUGCUGGCUGAGGUCUGCCAGCUGUUGUUGAAGCUCCCGCUGGAGUCUGGCAGGACAGGAACGGACGGCAAGAUGUUCACUACUGACAACAUGCAAUUUCUGCUUGACAGUGAGAUCGCGCGCUCCGUCCGCUUCAUCACCAACGCGUUUAAGGAUGACAUGUCUUGCGAAGCGUGCAGACUAGCGCAGAAGGUGAGAGCCAAGUGGUCGCGCCUGGUCUACAAGAAGGCAGAAGGCUACAAGCACACGGCAGACCAGCAGGACGAGGACGACGAGCCGCACGUUAUGCCUCACAUCCCCAAGGCGAACAGGGAGUGGGAAAAGAUGCCAGCCAACAUCAACGCGAAGGGAGAGAAGGCGGCGAAGGGAGAAUACGGCUUCCGCUACGGCGCUUCUGUUCCUCGUCCCAUGCUCUUUGACUUCACUAUGGCGCCCGAGAGCAAGAUCGAUGUGGAGGAGAGGCUUGAGAGCUCCAAGGAGAGGAAUCGUGAAUUGCGCGAUCGUCUCAUCAAGGUCGGUAUCGAACACAAGAGGGGCGACAAAGCUGGUCGCAACGAGCGAGCAGACGCCCCAGAGCUGAACCGCAUGCACGUCGGAGGCGUCGCUUCCAAGAUCACGUCCAUCGGGUGGGCAGAGAAGGAGGCGAAGAAGAAGAAGUGA